AUGUUGCCUGAACACUUUGUUCUUUUAUUUACGCCCAUUCUGUGGGCUCUGUCCGCUUAUGCUAGUGAGUUUGUAAUUGAAGAGAAAGAAGAUAUAUUCAAGAUACAGUCCUGCCCUGCCUUCUUAAUGUUCCUGAAUGCUGCCUAUCUGGCUGAUAUGACCUUUGAGCUACCAUGCCUCUGUAAGCCCGAGAACGUGAGAUCAGUUGUCUGGUACUAUCAGGAGAAACUGGGCAAAGGACACACAAGAGUACUGACUGACUUCAAUGGAACAAAGAUCUUGGAUACUACCCAAUUACCUUCUGGAUCGGCAAUUAGUUCACGGUUCAGUAUCUUAAUGUUCAGCCUGGUUGUCUUUAAUUCCCGCCCCCAGGAUUCGGGGCAUUAUAUGUGUGGCUCUGUGAAGGGUGAUUAUUUUUAUGGUUAUGACAUUGACGUGCAGAGUUAUAAAAAAGCACACAUAAGCUUCCAAGAGGGGAAGCUGAAGCCUCAACUGGACGUGGAGACUAAGACCUACAAGAUCUUUACGUUGUACUGGGAUUGGACCAGAUGUGAUCGAUGUGGGGUGAGAGGGGAGCAACGACGCGUUGGCUUGUGUUACUUCCGCAGCCCUUACCUCUAUUUCAGGUAUAAGAAGGCCAUGCCUGACAUCGUUUCCUGUGGCUCUGCUGCAGUCCCCCUCAGAUACCGGUACAUCCUGAAGAAGAGAAAAACGGAGAUCUUGGUACGAAGCUGUUUCACGCCGUGCGCAACAAGUUACCCCUCCGUUGAAGGGCAGAAGUUCAUCUUUGACCUGUUUGGCUUUACCAAUGACAAGAGUAAAAAGAUUCCCAAAGUCCCAGUGCAGACCCACUUCCAAGUCAUUGCAAAACCUUUGAUUCUCGCCUGUCCAGGGGCUAGAGCAGAGGAAGCUGUAGCCUGGGACAAGGGGCACCGACAGCUCUACAGGCAGGAGUACAUGAUGGGUGUCAACGGCAGCAUGAGGUUGUAUAUUGAUCAUGGUAAUCAUCUGGUUAUCCGUGCCUUUCAGCUGAAUGACAUUGGGACUUAUUACUGUUGGCGGCAAGGACAAAUGGUGGCUGGGAUUAAGUUGUUGGUCGGCCUCGCAAAGAGGAAACACAGAAGUUUCACCGAUCCUGAGUCCAUCUUUGCGAUGCAAAUAAUCCUUAGUACCUACGUCAUACUGACGAUAAUAUUUGUCUUCCUCAAAUGUAUGAAAUGUAUGAAUCAUUACUUUGUUUGUUUUUAA